GAAAGAUUAGCCGAGUAUAUGAAAGAUAAUAAAGAGCGUAGAUCUCAGAGAAAACUUUAUAAAGAAGUUAAAAAACAGCUUCCAUCUAACCUCUCGAAAAAUGCAAUUGAGAAAAGAAUAGAAAGAGCAAGGAAAAUUUAUGACCUUUUUAGUAGCAUAGGUGAGGAUAAAAUACAACGGGUAAGAUCUUAUUCGGCAUUGAGAAUUUCCAAAUUAAGUUGGGACGAAAUUGAUGCUAUAGAAGAGGAGUUUGAAUGA